GGUGCUACGCCACUACCACUCAUCAUUAAAACCCCUUUGGUGCCUUUAUCGUCAUCAUUACUUACUACGUAAUAUGCGUACACUAAUCAUCUUUCAAGCAAAUUAGGCAAAUUCAACAAUGACCUGCCUGUGCAGUAAGUUGCGCUCUUGUUCGUACGACACCAUCACACCGGAUGAAUGCACACUUCUCAAUGAGACUUAUCGGAUCGCCCCCUCAUUAUUUCGCAAAGAUACCCGGCAAGAACGACUCGAAAUAUUGAGCAAAAGUUAUCCAGACACAGAAUUCGAAUUCUUUUGGAAGAAUGUGCGUCAGCCGCAGGAAUAUUUGAAGGAACAGCUGGCCAAGGACAAUUUAUUAUCUUGUCCCCAAACUGAUACCAUUGUCCACGUCUAUCUUGCUAUUACCUCACUUGAGCCAAAUCUUGUCAUACGCCAAAUCAUGAAACGAAUCUACUGUCUGGCCCUUUCAAGGAAAUAUCCGAUACGUACGUCUCAUACUGCUAGUGUCUCCCGGAUCCUGCAACUUCCAGGCAAUUUGGAUCCCAAGAGCGUCAGUAAUAAAUUUAAGAAAUUGGUGUGUUAUGGUCGCCGUUGGGAAUGGAUCGUCCGGAAAUUUGCUGGCGAGACGGGAAUGUUAUGUUUACUUGGAAAAAAUUGGGUUGUUCUCAACCAAUUGCAGCUCCUUAGGGGUAAGAUAUUUCGCUACCAAGGACAUUUUCAAGCUGCUUUGGUACAAUUCAAGCAACUUUUUCAGGAGGUCGAGAACCAUGGGGACCUCUAUUUCGACAUUCGCCGUGAGCUUUUUUGCAACUUGGCGGAUGCCCUCUGCGAGUCCGACAAAGGAGAAGAAGCCGAGAGAAUCUUGACUGGCGAACUUGCGCGUCCUUAUGAUGGGUAUAGCUCACGAGACGUCUCGGAGUUAAAGUUGUCCCUGGUCGAAGCUCUGCUACAACAAGGACAGGGACGGCUUGCUGAAGCCCAGAAUAUUCUUGAUGGACAUCCUUGGGGAAAGCUUCCACGAGCGGCGCAGCUCCGUCUACUUACUCUCCAAGCACGGAUUCACCACUCACAGGCACAAUAUGCCGAGGCGAAAGCAAAAUGGUCUGAAGCUCUUGACUAUGUUCAGAAAUUCCCUCUUGGCCAUGGGCACGCAUCCAGGGCAAUCCUGUCUUCGCUUGCGGAUUCUUUACUUAACAUGGGCGACUUGGAAUUUGGUAAAUUAAGUAUAGAGCAAGGCAAGGUGAUGGCUACCGAGGGUGGCUGUCGAUUUUGGAUUGCGGGGCUGGGGAGUUACUGGCUUGAUUGGGUGAAGACACGAGGAGCUGAACAUGCUCUUCGCUCAAAGUAGGGCGAUUUUCCAUUGUGGAGAAGAGAGCCAAGAGUUGCUUCGCUUCUUUCACCUGCUUCUUCGUACCCUUCAUCUUAAUCUCAACGCGACCAGAGGUAUCGACUGCAUCUCUGGCGCCAGGAAUGUCAAUCUGAGAUUCUGAGCACCAGUAUUCACGUGGAGUUUGUCUGGUUUCGUUUUAAAUAGACAUGUCUAAAGUAUACUUAGGUAUAAAUAGGCAAAAUAUUUUUAUUUUUCGCGCAU